AAGGCCCAACAAGAAGAAGCUGGCGGCGCUUUUGUGUCAAGGGAUGAGUUGAAAAGUUUGGUAUGUGGUGCCAUCAAUACUCAGACGCAGAAGCAAAACGCGAGAGCUUUGCUUUCCGGUGGUAACCCUUGGCAGGUACGUAAGCCCUUCGAAAAGAAGAAAGGCAAAGGUAAAGGUAAAGGAAAGCGCGGCAAAGACAGCAACACAUCCGCCGGAGGAUGGGUAGAACCAGC